UUCAUUUGAGAGCCGCCGCCGCUGGGCUGGCAGUGGCGUUCCUGUGCUGAGGAUAACUCUGGUUUUUGACUCUUUCACUUUCAGAAGCGCGUUUCUAUUCAUCCCUACACAGUUCUCUGGAUGCGAGACAGUCCAGCCCUAAACAUGAGCAGUUUGCGGCCGUGUAAGGAGCCGUUUGACAGAAGCAGCUCUGAGCCUGUGGAGGACACAGACACCACCAGCUUCGUGGCAGAAUUUUCCUUGGAGGCCAAUUAUCCAGUGCAAGUGACAGAUCCUCACGCAGAUGCUGUGACACUCCAUCUGAGCUCCAUGCCCUCGAGAUACCUGAGCCCCUCCUCAGAAGACAGAAUCAGACAGCCAGUGGAAGAUGUGGAAGAAUGCACCUGCCCAACAUCUACUUCACCAGACUACCCGAAAGAACUGCAGUUGAUGAACUGUGAAAAGUGCUGCUGCCCAGCACCUCCUCCCAAGAUCAGCGACCUCAUGAACGACAAAGAUCUGCUGGAUUUACUGCGGCUCAAACUGGAUCCAAACCACUGCACCAUCAAAAACUGGAAGAACUUUGCGAGCCGCUGGGGGAUGAGCUACGACGAACUGACCCUGCUGGAGCAUCGAACCCAGGGCUCCUUAUCGCAAAGCCCCACCCAAGAGUUCUUGUUGCGCUACAAUCAGAAGACGGUCACUGAGCUUACUGAACUUUGCCGCAUCUAUCAGCGCAUUGACGUGCUGCGACUGCUGCAGAGCUGGAUAGAGAAGGACUGGCCGUCACGCUGGCAACAGACUCAUUAACCAGUCCGGCUGUGUAUUUAGCCUGUCUCUCAUUUUCCGUCAGGGUGCUUUAAGGUUUCUUCUUCUUCCUAAGCUUGAAUACAUGCUACUACAUUUAUAUUAACUUUAGUAAAUGGUCUUAUAAAAAAGGUAAAUGAUGGACUGGAAACUCUCUGUAGAGAAUGUCACACAGCACUGACCUUGCACUGAAUGCUGUUUUGUCUUUUACCUUUCUCUUGCUAUCGCUGGCUGUAGUUAACACAAGGAACGUCACAUUCCUGACGAGUCCACGCAGCCACUAAUACAAUUCUCAGUUGGGAACACACGCCCAUAUUAAUGAGGAGCUUGUAUGAUCUGACAGCACCACAGAUAUUAGUGAGCUUACUGUGAGUUUCAGCAGCUACACUGAACAAAAAUAAAAACUCAGCAUGCAAAUGAUAUUCUUUUCUGACUUAGAGAAAAAGUUAAAAUUUCUAUGGUUCUGGUUAGCAAAGAGGUUAAUUUAGCCAACUGUACGCAAAACCUUUCUGAGCUGUUCAACUGGUGGCAAAUUCUCAACCACUGAGGUGAUCCACAGCCUGGUCAGGUGUGACUUUGAAGCACAAUGAUCAGAUAGUGUGACCAGUACAGACACUCCUUAGACCACUGACUGUAAAAGCCCACCACAGAAUGCAGCUUUAUUCAAUGUUAAGAUGACAAGAGAAGGACUAGAGUGGGCUGUCGACUGCUGAAUGCUGUCAGUUAGGGCCGUAGCCUAAUGGUCCACAACUCCACUUCUUGUAAUUCAGCGAUGAUUUCAGACAGCUCUGGAUGGACGUUGUCCUCCACAACGUCCACCAGCUUUCCCAGGCCCGUCAGGAGGAGUGGGAUAACAUCCCACAAGCAGCAUCGACAACCUCAUUAACUCUUUGUGUCACAGAUGUGUGACUCAUUACUGCCUUGUGAUUUGUGGUUAUCCUUUCCUAUAUGGGAUGUCCAUUCUGUUGUAGCCCUGUCAUGUGUUGAAACAACAAAUGCGUAUUGUCUUAUGUUAAAAAGAAAGAACAGAAUUUAAUCAACUAUUACAGCCUCCAUUUGUAUCUAUAGUUGAAGUAGUAAUUUCUACAAGCAAAAUGUAAUUAUCAGUCAGCAAUUAAACGUAAUUAUUUAGUUUAUCUUUGCUUUCUUGAUCAUUACUAAACCAGCUGAUUUUCACUCUGUUGGUCUAGACUCAGAUUUAUCAACAUGAGCUAAGCAACUUUUUUUUUUAUUUAUUUUUUUUUUACCCAAAUGUGUAAAACUGCAUCCUAUAGAAUAUGUUGAUGAUGUAAUUUAGAAUCAUCAAAUGUGUUCUGGAUGAAAAAAUGUUGCUCUCUGUGAGGUAUUAUAUUGUUGUGUACACAGAGUUUAAACCAGAGACAGAAACACACUGAUCAGUUACUACAACCGUGCUGUGCAGGAGAACUGAUCUAAUUGGCCAAAUAUCAGUUAAUAUGUGUCAGCCUGCUUGUCAGAAAAAAAAUUCUCAUUUUCUGUAAACUUUUCACACUGUUGUAGGUUCAACUGGGUUAUCGGAUAUCAGAAUAAUUUCCAUAAAUCACUGUGGUUGAAUAUCAGGGCACCAUCUUCACUGUUUGUUAUAUUCCAAAGCGUCAGAUAUUUGCUAAAACACAGUAGAAAUUCUCACCACACUGUGCAGCUCAUUCCCAUGUCUGGCAUAGAUGGCAAUUGGUAAGACGAGCUAACAGAGUGGGGACACUUUCUUAUUGAACACGGCAGCCUUCUUAAUGAUCAACUGAUGGCUUUUUGAAAAUAUUUGCUGUUCGAGACAGAAAUAUCUCAACAGCUCUUUGAUAGAUUGUCACAAAAUUGUUUACAGAUUUGUACAUGGUGAUUGACUCCACUAACUUCUUGAUCCCCUGACUUUUCCUCCACCAAUCUUUACAUUUUCGUAUCGUUCUCAGACAGCGUAUCCAGAUGGCUGUGAUGAUCCCCUGCCUUUUCCAUUAGCAUUGCUAUGAAGUUUUACGUGAACUACCUUUUUAUCAUUUAGCACACACGUUGAUGUCCCCCCUCAAGGUGAAUUGUAUUGAACUUGGUGGUUCCAACAAUUAUUUUAUUUGCCAAAUACAUUGGUUUAUGACAAAAUACCUGCAAAACAACUGAGAUUUCCAGUUGUUCUUUGUGUGCAGUGAAAAUUACUACAUAUUGGCAUGCUGGUGACCACGAUGCUGACGUACAGCCUCCCAGAUCCACUAACAUGACUGUUAAUGCCUCUUAGUUUAGCAUUAGGCAGUGUGUUUAUUGUUUAUGAGAUAUUUGGUUUAAGUUCUGAAAUAACGCUCCUACAACCUGAACAACAAGCCACUGUAACAGGAUCUGAUACAACCGUAAGGAAUGUAGCUGAAAGCGGCUAUGUGUGAAAAUCACAACAAGUGAAAAGAUUGAUUUGUAAGUAUAUUUAUUUUUCAUUUCAUACAUAUCUUCUUAACUUGUAAACCCAGAAGAUAUUCUGAAAAAAACAAAUCUUGUUUUAUUUUACAAACCAAAGCUACCAAUGUUAUUUGUCAUUGAGUUUUGUUUUUUUUUAUAUAUUUUAAGAAACAACUUGUCUUUAUUGUACUUGUUUUCUUGAUAUGAAAUAAAUUCAUCAAAAUCUG